AUGGGAAGCAAUGGAAAGCAUGCAGAGAGGUAUGCAGUGGUUACAGGUGCAAACAAGGGCAUCGGUCUUGAAACUGUGCAGCAACUUGCAUCUCAAGGUGUGACAAUUGUUUUAACGGCUCGAAAUGAGAAGAGGGGGAUGGAGGCUAUGCUGAAGCUCAAUGAGUCAGGUAUGUCAAAUGUAGUCUUCCAUCAGCUCGAUGUUUUGGACCCAAUUAGCAUCAACUCCUUGGCCAAUUUCAUCCAGGAAAAAUUUGGCAGGCUUGAUAUCUUGGUUAAUAAUGCUGGAGCUUCUGCGGUUGUGGUUAAUAUGGAAGGCCUAAAGGCCUUAAACAUAGACCCUUCAUCCUGGUUCUCAGGCCAGGCUGACAAUUUGGUUCAACUUCAAGCAGUGGUUAAAACAACUUAUGAGAAAGCGGAAGAAUGCUUGAAUACUAAUUACUAUGGUGUGAGAAGAGUAACUGAGGCUCUCCUGCCACUAUUAAAGCUUUCCCCUGCAGGAGCAAGGAUAGUAAAUUUGUCCUCUCGCUGGAGUCAGCUAAAGAGAAUUCCUGGUGAGCAUAUAAGAAAAGAACUAAGCGAUGUAGAGACUCUAACUGAAGAAAGAGUAGAAGUCGUAUUGAGAAGAUUUUUGCACGACUUGAAAGAAAAUGCUCCUGAAGGCAAUGGAUGGCCAUUGACGGCGCCUGCUUAUGGCAUGUCCAAGGUCACCCUCAAUGCCUACACUAGAAUUCUUGCCAAGAAGUUCCCCAACAUGUGUAUCAACUGUGUUCAUCCUGGCUAUGUCAAGACAGAUAUAAACUGGAACACAGGGACAAUGAGUGUAGAAGAGGGAGCUAGAGGCCCAGUUAUGCUGGCUCUUUUACCUGAUGGAGGACCUACUGGCUUCUAUUUUGAUCGUACUGAAGUGGCUGAGUUUUGAUUCAGCUGUUUUCCACUUUCACCAUGUCAAGAUUUAACUUCUGCUAAUUGGAUUCUGUAAAUUUUGGA